AUGAAGGUAAAAAAGGUAAAAGGAAAGAAGAUUGCUUCGAGCAAAGGGAAUGGACGCAAGGGGAAAUCGAUGUUAAAUAGUACCAAGCAUGUCGCUGGAAAACCUUUGAUGAAAUCUAAUGGACAGGUGGAAAAUAGGCAGCAAGAAAAAGAGUUUACUCAUAAAAGACAUGGGAGCGAUAGCACGAAUCUUCUGAAAGCGAAAAAGAAGCGAGUAUCAUUUGCCGCCGAUUUGGAAAGGAUGAAAAUAUUUGAUAAAAGGAUGAAGCUAACAAUUACGCCAUCAACUGCUAAUCCCGGUCGAAGCAUUGUUGUAAAAAAAGAUGAGCCGAGAAGUUCGCCAAGUUUUCUUGUAACUCCAAAUUCUGUGGAUAAAAUCUCAGCAAAAAAGAAUGUGCUUACUGAUUUGACAGCAGGAGAAAAUCACAUUGAAGCUACAAAAAUAGAUCUCAAGCAGGAAGCUUCCAUGAAUUCAGCAACGAAAGUUGCUAUGCCAAAUUCGGAAGGAAAGAAGACAAAAACAUCAGGAACAAGACAACUGCAUAAAAUUGGUCGUAAUAAAACUGGGCCAGUCAAUAGAAAGAGAAAAUUGCAGGUAACGCGCAAAGUGAAACAGAAGUUAUUGAAUAUGCCAAAGAAAGACCGUAAAAUGUAUAUUCGAGAGUUACGAAGGAAGCACAAGCCAUAUUUCGAUCUAGUACUUAAGUGCAAACAUCUGUGGGAAAAGCUACGCUGCGGAAAAACGAGUGAGACUGAACGGAAAAAGCUGGCCAUCGAAAUUUUUGGAAUAGUGAAGGGAAAAGUGAGGGAAUUAAUAUUCGCGCACGAUUCAUGCCGAAUUGUGGAGUGUAUAUUGACAAAUGGAGGGAGUGAUAUACGAAAUGCUCUUUUUGAAGAACUUGUACCAGAGAUCAUUCGCAUGACGAAGUCAAAAUAUGCUCGUUUUUUCGUCAUAAAAAUGCUCAAACAUGGAUCUACGGUUCAACGUCAAAUAAUAUUUGAUGCAUUUCGAGGUCACUGUGUGUCGCUUUUACGGGUGUCAUCAGCAGCACAAGUUUUAGAAUCAGCCUAUAAUGACUAUGCAAAUGCACAGCAACGAUAUAACAUUAUUAUUGAGUUUUAUGGAGUGGAUUUUGCUUAUUUCAAGGCUUCUGAUAACAGAAUACGCACACUGAAAGAAAUAAUAACCGACUGUCCGAGCAGAAAAUCAUCAGUUGUCAAAUAUCUUGAAAAUAUCCUCGUUGAUAUUGUGGACAGACCUCAAAUAAAGUUAAGUCUGACGCAUCGUUUGUUGAGUGAUUUUUUCGAAUUCGCUGAUGACAAACAGUUAGAAGAAAUGAUUGAUUCAUUAAAACUUUGCAUACCUCAAAUCGUUCACACAAAUGAUGGCGUGCGCAUUGCAAUGAAGUGUUUAUGGAAUAGCUCUGCAAAGACGAGAAAGAUAAUGCUAAAAAAUUUCAAAGGACUGAUAACGAAAACUUGCUUGGAGGAGUUUGCGCAUCGCUUUUUAAUUGCUGUUUUCGAUACUGUAGAUGAUACAGUGUUGGUUGAUAGAUAUCUUUUAAAGGAAUUGUUGAAUAACAUUGCUGAAAUUAUUAAAAGUAAUUAUGGUGUAAAAAUUAUGCAUCAUUUAAUUCAUCCAAGAGAUCCUCGCUUUUAUUCAGCGUCGCAGGUUGCGAUUUAUAAGGCGGGAGACGGGAAUCCAUACAGCAAAAAAGAUUCGAAAUUACGUUACUCAGAGUUAUUUUCAUAUGUCCAGAAGCCAUUUUGCAACUAUUUCGCAGCAAAUAUGGAUGCAUUGCUUUUUGAGAGUCAUGGAUCAUUACUUGUUUUGGAUAUGCUGGAGGCUCCAACCAAUUUGGAUUUUUUCGAUCGGAAAGUGAGUAUUGAAGACCGUGCAGCUUGUUAUGAUGCAAUUGCUUCAAUAUGCACUCGGGAAUUCAUACCGUGUGACGGAGAGCAGCUUCAUCCGGUUGAACAUCCUCAGGCGCAUUUUGUAAUUUCUAAAUUGCUAAAAAGUGAUUCCAAAUUUGACAUCAAGCUCGGUGAUUUUAUUGUGAAACGAUGCAGAGAUCAAUUAUCAUCCUGGCUUGCAUGUAAUAAGGGAUGUUUCAUACUUCUGCAUAUCCUCGAAAAUGCAUCUCAACAAACUCAAGAAUUGGUGAGAAAUACAUUAUCCUUAGCAGCAGUAAAAAGGUAUCACACAAAAGGAGCUACUGUGUUGAUGCAGAAAUUGAAGUAA